CGAUGAAUACUUCAAUACUGCUUAUUAUUAUCUUAUAUUUCUCUGGUGCAUUUGCUAGAGAUUGCGGAAGAUUAGGUACCAAUAAAGAUUACUCUUUUGUCCCUAAACGUGAGUUAGACGACUGUUUGGCAGUAGUUGGACAGAAUCCUAUUGACAAAAGUAUUGCAGAAAAUAUCUGGAGAGCCAUAAAAAAUGCAUACGGUGAAGUAGAAGACAUCCCUCUGUAUGUGUACAAAAAUAUGGGUUGGAUUUUAAGUGGUAUAUCAUUGGACGAUCUACGCAAUAUGACCAUUGAUCAAGGGGAAUUGAUUGGAAUAUUCGGUUCGGCUGAAUCUUUAAACGAUGAUCAGAUGGACGUCAUUGCCCAGAAAGUAAAGUCAGAUUGGGCUGGCAAAACUCCAGAUAAAUAUUCCGAAUACGAUUUGGAAAUACUUGGGAAAAUACUUUGCUAUUUCAAUCAAUCUGAAAUACUUCAAAUUCAUCCGGAUGCAUACAGGUCUAAAGCAGAAAUCAUUGGGAAAUUGAACAGUUGCCCUCAUGAAAUCAUUGAAUCUUUUGCAAAACUCGCUGUGCAAACCAAUGCAUUCGGCCCACCAUCAACUUGGAGUAAAUUGGAUAUAAGUGAGAUUGGUGUCGUCAUCGCUGGUCUAUCGGAGAAAGAAUAUAACUCAAUCAAGCUAGAAAAUUUGACACAAAACAAAAGACUUUAUAACCAAGUAAUCAACAGCAGAUACCCAGAUGCAAACUCAACGAAACCAAUUCAAUAUUCGCGAGUAAAUACCACUAAAAGCGCAGUAAGUUCAAGUUAUUUAAAGCGAAAGGAAGCGGUAUAA